UUAAAUGUUAAUUUAUUUCAGACAUUCAUUUAUAAUAUGGAAGAAGUAGCUGUUGUUUUACCGAAAAGAAUAGAUGAGUUUUCAAAUAUACUUUCAACUCAUGUUACACCUGGUGGUUAUGAAACCCUUGAUACCGAAGAUUUAUAUGCCAAAUAUAAAAAACUUCAAAAACAUUUAGAGUUUUUAGAAGUACAAGAGGAAUAUAUUAAAGAGGAACAAAAAAAUCUAAAGAAAGAAUAUCUGCAUGCCCAAGAAGAAGUUAAAAGAAUAAAAAGUGUCCCUUUAGUUAUAGGGCAAUUUUUAGAGGCCAUUGAUCAAAAUACAGGAAUAGUAGGAUCUACAACAGGAUCAAAUUAUUACGUGAGAAUUUUAUCUACCAUUGAUAAAGAGCUACUUAAACCGAGUUCUAGUGUAGCCCUUCACAAACAUAGCAAUGCAUUAGUAGAUGUCUUGCCUCCUGAAGCUGAUUCUAGUAUUACCAUUUUGCAAGCAGAUCAAAGGCCUGACGUGAAAUAUUCGGACAUAGGAGGCAUGGACAUUCAAAAGCAGGAAAUAAGGGAAGCUGUAGAGUUACCUCUUACUCAUUAUGAAUUGUACAAGCAGAUAGGUAUCGAUCCACCUCGAGGAGUACUCAUGUUUGGACCACCCGGUUGUGGUAAAACUAUGUUGGCUAAAGCCGUGGCUCAUCAUACCACUGCGACUUUUAUAAGAGUAGUUGGUUCGGAAUUUGUUCAGAAGUAUUUGGGAGAAGGACCUAGAAUGGUGAGGGAUGUUUUUAGAUUAGCUAAAGAAAAUGCGCCAGCUAUUAUUUUUAUUGAUGAAAUUGACGCGAUUGCUACCAAACGUUUUGAUGCUCAAACUGGAGCGGAUCGAGAAGUACAACGUAUUUUAUUAGAACUUUUGAAUCAAAUGGAUGGAUUCGACCAAAAUGUCAACGUUAAAGUAAUAAUGGCAACAAAUAGAGCUGAUACACUAGAUCCAGCUCUGCUGAGACCUGGUAGGCUAGAUAGGAAAAUAGAAUUUCCUGUACCAGACAGAAGGCAAAAGCGAUUGGUGUUUACUACGAUCACCUCCAAAAUGAAUUUGAGUGAUGAAAUCGAUCUUGAGGACUAUGUAGCUAGGCCUGACAAAAUAUCCGGAGCUGACAUUAACGCUAUUUGUCAGGAGGCUGGUAUGCAAGCCGUGCGUGAAAAUCGGUACAUAGUGUUGACUAAAGACUUUGAAAAAGGGUAUAAGGAAAUUAUCAAAAAAGAUGAAUCAGAAUUGGAAUUUUAUAAAUAAUAUAUCAAUAUUAAAUUAUUUUUAAAAUACUAUUUUAAUUUAAAAUUUAUGCUACAAUUAAACAAUUAUU